AUUCAAAUGCUUGAAAUUCUCGUCAUUCUAUUAGAGUGCCUAAAUAUACCGAAGACCACUUGCAUCGAUUUACAAGUGGCUAUCUCAGCUAUCAAGGAUAGGACCUCAAUCCGUCGAGCCGCCUCUAACUGGGGUAUCCUCUUUUCUACUUUGCAGAGCCCUAUCAAGUCAGGGCAUCGACCAAAGGGCGAGUACGAAGCUCUUGCCCUUUAGAAACUUACCCUCUAGCCAGGAAGCGCACCUGGCGUAAUAGGUUAUUGCGCAAGAGGCCUUGGGAGUCCCUGUCACUUACGCGCAAACCCGGAUCUUUGCCGGUUGAGUCCUUCAAGCAAACGGAUCACAAGAGAGAGUUGGAAAACACUGGCUUUCGAAGUUCAUAUGGAGACACCUAUUAGUGAAGACUAAGAGGGUAAAGCGAAUUGACGUCAAACGGCUCGACGGAGCAACAACUAAAAAAAUCAGGGCCUUCUUCGAGCGACGAACUCUUCUGACAGUCAAGGAUAUCCUUCCUGACGAUAUUACAAAUAUAGAUGAGAAUAGGAUUAUAGAGGGCUAAGGUCGUAUUACCUUAUACAUUUGAAAGGCUAAAACUAAGGUUGCUUUGGCAAAAAU